AUGUCCGCCUUCAUCGGUGCACUCGGUAGUAAACGUAAAUCCGACUUGAUCGAGAUUGCCGACUCUUUAGGUAUCUCCGCCGAUUCCAGAUCCACUGUAGCGGAUUACAUCAAGAUCAUCCAAUCUCACCUCGAUACCAAUGAAAAUACUCUCUCAAGAGAUGCAAGAUACAAAGGUCUGUACUAUAAGAAGCGAGCGUCCGGUACACAUCCACCUGAUUCUGAUUCAGAGUCACCGCCAAUCACAGCUGCAGAUGUCAAGGCUACCGUAGUAGCAACAGCCAAGUCAAGUCGAAAAUCAAUCAACAGAGCAAUUGAUAAAGUUCAAGGUGUCAUUGAUGCUGCUAAUAUCCCUUUACCGGAUAGUCCUAUUGCUCUUGCCAAGAUCCAAGAUAAGGCUACAGAAAUUUCACAAGCACUUGUGCCUUCGACCGAGACUCAGAAAGGCUUGACUGCCCAAUUUAAUACCGUUUCCCACCAUUUGGUCAGGUACACCAAGGAUGGUCAACUGAGAGUAGAUCAUGCCGUUCGUCACUUAAGAGAUCUUUUGUCCACUCCUCCAAACCUCGUUCUCACGUCUCUUUCUCUCGAACUGGUCGUCCUCCUCAUCCACCUUGUACAAUUCUACGACCAUACCUACUAUUUCCCCCCUGCUUCAGGGGACAAAGGCACUGUCGCUUCUUUACUGAACAUUGCAUUCUUCUGGCUUCCAAGUGCAACUCUCAAGUUUAGAUUACCUGAAUUCAGGUCAUUUGGAUUGGGAGAUGUCUGGUCUGCCGUUGCAUGGUGGUUUUUCUCUACCGUGCUACCCCCAUAUGCACUUUCUACUGUAGUCUCUUUUGUUCCCCAAAAAGGUACAGCUAGACAUUCCGGUGCUCACACAAGAUACCAAGCUACACAUCCACCUACACCCACCCCUGAUCCUCUCGCUUUCUCCCUUAUCAGAUUAGCGCUUCUCAUCCUUCCCCUUACAUCGGCAGCUCCCUCAGCAUUCGUGGACGCUCUGGAAAUAUCGGGUGAUUUACAAGGUAGAGCUUUAGCUGCUGCAUUGACAGCUGCUCUGGUCGUCGCAGAGAAACUAUACUAG